UAAUUUAUGUUUAAAUUUUGGAUUAUUGCAUCUCAAUUUGCACGUGAAUUAAUCAUUAUUUAUAAAAAAAGAUUAGUAUAAUAAAUUAUUACAAUAAGUAAUAUCGUAUUAGUUAUAUAAAGUAAAUGAACUGUUAGGGAUGUAAUUUUGAAAAUAAAUAAACAUAAUAUAAUUCUUGAUAAAAUACUUCACAGGCUUUCUCCGGCCCAUCAUCUACAGAUUCCCACCAUUGUUAAAUAACAGAUCGAGCCCAUCAGAAAUUUCAGUAGCUCAGCCUAGAUGGGCCAACAACAGCCCAUCACAAUUCACCUUGUUUGUUGAUCCACCGUAGACCCGGUGUGGCAAAGAAAGUCCAAAAAAAUCUACCUUCUUUCCACUUCUCUGCUGGUUUCCUUCUGUACAAAGACGAAGCAGAGUGGUCCAAUUUAUGUUCUUUCGGGUGAUUCACUCGUCAUGCAAUUGGGCUCUGGCUUCUGGGAUUGUGGGUUGGGCAAAUUGUGUGAAAGAGAAGUUUCAACAAGAGGUUAUCAUUGUCAUCAAAGCCAUUUUAAUUGCAACCAUCUUGGGUAUCAUUAUUUAUGGCUUGUCCAGGUGGAGAACUAAGCAAAGGAUUAAGAAAAAAGAGGAAACUAAAAGAUGGGAAGGUGGUAGCUGUCAAAAGACUUUCAAGCAGGUCAGGGCAAGGCACAGAAGAGUUUAAGAAUGAAAUCCUGCUGAUCUCCAAACUCCAUCCCAGAAAUCUGGUUGCACUCCUUGGUUGCUGUAUUGCAAGAAAAGAGAGGAUAUUAAUUUAUGAAGGAUACAUGUCUCCUGAGGAUACACUGGGUGGGAUAUUUUCUGAAAAAUCUGACGUGGUCAGCUUUGGAGUCUUGAUAUUGGAAAUUGUCUAUGGCAAGAAGAACAACAGUUUCUGUAAUGAUGAACAAUAUUUAAGCCUCCCUGCUUAUGCAUGGAAAUUGUGGUCUGAAAGCAAUGCUUUGAACUUGAUGGAUGAAGCAUUAGCCGACUAAUUUUCAUCAUCUCAGGUAAUGAGAUGUACUCAAAGCGCACUUCUUUGUGUUCAAGACCAAGCUGCAGAUAGGCCAACUACGGCAGCUGUAGUUUCCAUGCUGAGCGGCAAAGAAACAUUUCCACGACUCGAUGAACCAACUGUUCUGUUUCAAAUUGCUUUAAAAACACUGUUCAGAAGGAAAGAAGCUAUAUAUGUUGUACAAAUGAGAUGAGUAUGUCCCCAUUUGAAGGUAGAUAACUCCAUCCUUAAGCCCCUUCUAAUUAAAAGGGGAGGAUGCACUUUUUUAUGCAGACCAGGUGCAUUAAAAAUGGAUAGCUCACAGGCAUUCUGGGUUUGCUUUAAAACAACAUUUUCAGCAAAUGAGAGUAAAAUGAUGAGCCAUUCUGGUCUAUGUUCCAACAACAACCAAGAUUUUUAUUUUA